GCCGCAGAUGUGCUCAAAGAAGAAGCCCAACCACUAGUCAGUAUCGGUCCGGACGAGAGUCUAUUCAACGCCAUUAAACUGCUGAUCCACCGGAAGGUGCACCGGCUGCCGGUCAUAGACCCGGACACCGGCAAUGUAUUAUACAUACUGACCCACAAACGAAUUCUCAAAUACCUCUUCCUCUAUUACUACAAUCGACUUCCAAUGCCGUCGUAUCUGAAUAAACAGCUCAAAGAGCUGAUGAUCGGCACCUACGACAACAUCGCGGUCACCACAACCAACACACCACUCAUACUGGCUCUGCAUCAGUUCAUUGAGCGCCGGGUGUCCGCACUGCCCGUCGUUGACAAACGGUCCAAAGUGGUGGACGUUUAUGCAAAGUUCGAUGUCAUUCAUUUAGCCGCUGACAAGACGUACAAUAAUCUGGACAUUACGGUGAAGAAAGCGCUGGAGCACAGGGACCAGUCGGAGCGUGUGAUCAAAUGCACAAUGAAUGAUACGCUGCACCAGAUACUAGAGAAAAUUGUCCAGGCUGAAGUGCAUAGGAUAGUGGUGGUGGACAGCGAGGAUCACGUGAUCGGCAUCAUAUCCCUGUCCGAUAUAUUGUCGUUUCUGGUGCUCCGCCCGUUGGGACUCGAGAGGAAGGACGUGGACUGUGAUAAGCUGGUCGAGGAGACCGCCGAAGAAGCGGCUGUCGAUGAUAGCGACCACAGCGAAGACACCACUACCAGCACCGGCGGUGGCAUCGCUAAGACAGCGCCCACACCCAUACCUGCCGCCACACCACUGGCCGAUCCGCUGAAGUGAAUGGGAUGUGCUGUGCGAGUGAUGUGUGUCUCUAUGUGUGUGGACAGGGAUG